CUACCUGGUACCGAUUAUCUCUAAACCCUCAAAAUGGCCAACUCAUGUGAUCCUCAAUUCUUUCCAAUGGGCAAAAUGGCCAACACAUGUGAUCCCCAGUUCUUUCAACCGGGCAAAAUGGCCAACUUAUUUGAUCCCCAAUUCUUUCAACCGGGAAAAACGGCCAACACAUGUGAUUCCCAAUUCUUUCAACCGGCAAGAGCUUUUACCAAACAAAAACUCUUAGAAGGUAGCCCAUCAUCCGACAAGAGCAGCUCUUCUACCACCAGAUCCCAAGACACGGAAUUCAUACCUAAAACUGCGACCAAGUUUGGUGGAGUCAUUCGAAUCGGACCGGGACUCUGGAAUAGCGUAUACCGUUUGAGCAGUAGGGGUGUUGAGUUUUGCCCUGAACAUGAAGCAAGUACAAUGCCUGCUCUCUCCUCAGACCAAAUGGCAGGUGUUCGAUUGCUUGAACAGCCAGAGUUGCUUUUGGCUUUGGGUAGUGCAGCCAAAUCAGUCGGCCCAUUAUAUAAAGGUUUAACUUGGAUUCAAACUGCCCAAUACAUCGGUGUAUUCGAGAAUAUCCACAUUGCAAUUUCUUGCAACCAUCAACCCAACACACGACACAUUGGAGAGAUUAUGAGUAUUGAUUUUGGGUGUGAAGUGGUCACCACUGAGGGCCCUUCAUCAUAUGCUUGCCCUGCAAAGGUCAUCCACAUUGAACCGUCUAUGGAUAUGAUCUUGAUGGCCAUCACCAGUUGGACAACACCCUGUCCCACAGCACUUACUCCAACCUCCAAUCAUAAACUCAGCAUCAAUGACACAGUUUAUGCAAUUGGCUACAAUCAAGUCCCAACAGCAGAAGACUUGCAACCUUUUAAAAAUUAUCAGACAUCAAUCUUCAAUCAAUCAUCCUUGGCAAUUGAAGAGGCCCGUCGGUGCUUGAAAUCGGAAUACCGAAUGGUUUCUGUUGGGAAUGUCAAAUUGGUUGAUGAAUCAAAAAAAAAGUUUCACAUUUCUGCUUCCCUUUGGUAUGGUUCAUCUGGCUCGCCUAUCUUUGCGCUAAGCGGGGGAUCCUUACAAAACAUUGGUUAUGUUAUUGGUGGGGAUGCUGCCAACCAGAAUGUUGCUCACUUCUACCUCCCGGUAUUAGAAGCAGUGAUUAAAGCUGCAGUUUCAAAAAACAGUUGGGUUUUACAACGUCGAGGAUAAACUGUAAUAGCUAUAUCCCAAUUUGGAUGAUGUUUCUUCUUUUUUUGUUCUCCAUUUUCAAGACAUUUUUGUUCAAAUUCAACUCAUCAUUUUUUGUGAGUAGAACAAACCCAAUCUCUUGCUCUUCUCGCAAAUGAAAUCAUCUUAACCUCUCUACUUGGUGG